AUGCUGGAGUUUGCUAGAUGGGUGUUUUUAUGCUCGGCUGUAUCAUUAGUGACGUUGCAGACGCUAGGUCAAGAAAACAAUAAUUAUCAGCCGCAAGCAGGCAUUCAAGAUGGAAGAGAAGGUCGAAAUCUCUUGGAUUGGAUUGGCUUCGGAACAGGUCCUGACACAGAUCCGUAUCUAGCCCAAACGAACCAAGCUUGUCUCAAUGGAGACCUCGCUGAAUGCUUCAAAUCGAGAGCUAUUUCUUCUUUCGAAGAAUUCUUCAAUAAGCCAGAAUAUCUUCUGAGUGAGACAGCAAGGAUAAAAAGAUUGCCAGAGACUCAACUACGUCAAUUAGCUCAGGAACCAUAUGAAUAUUCUGAGAGCCCGAGGUCCAAUGAGCCUGAAUGGGAUCAGCUUCUCAAAUUCGCUAAAAGGAAGUUGGAGAAAUUCAUGAAAUCUACGACGUUUGAGCUGGAAUUUAAUGAUGAGGUGACAGAGAGAGGAAGAUAUUCACCCCGCUUCAUUGACGAAAUUGUGGGCGAAAUUGACAUUAUUGAAGACAAGAAGGAUUCGCUAUUCAGUAAAAAGGAAGCAGUUGAAGAAACUCUUCAUCCCAUUGUUGCUAGUGCUCAAACUGUUCAAGUUGAAGCUUCUUCUCUUCCUGCCACUCAUAUUAGGUCUUGCUUCCUUCCAAAAGCUGCUAGGGUUCCUAGCCCUGAUCAUUCCAGGGGCCAUAGCAUUCUUCAAUUUCUGCAAACCUGUCUUGAAGCAAAACGGAGGUAA